AUGCCAGGGUUGAGAGACAAAUUCGACGAUAACGUUCGCCGGGAAGGUCGGCUCGAUACGCCAGACACAGAGCAUUUCCCGUUCAGAAACUCGCCGCUUCCGCCGUCCGCGUAUACUCAGUAUCCGCAAGACUUUGACCAUCAUUACCAUCAAAAUUCAUCCAUUUCUCCAGUGACUAUGACUCCACCACAGGCGCCUGCUGUGCCUGAAAAGGCUCCUCCAACUCCGCCAAAGCCAUAUGAUGACGAUUUCUUGCCUCCAGAAACGCCUCCAAAGGACCUUGACCGCUCGAGAUCCAACAAGUAUGCUGGGUACUAUAACCAGCGAGAAAUUGACCACACCACGGCACCUCACCCCCCAUAUACGCGUGUUAACAACGGCUCGGACUCCAGUUAUGAGAUGCUGACGUUAAACUCUAAUCCAUUUGGAGAUAACGCCACGCCAGCGUCCAGUACGGCCAGAAAUCCGUUCGAGCCUAUCGACACGUCCCCCAUUACAUAUGAUCACUAUCCGGCCCAGAAUACCAGAGAUGACGACAUGGAUAUGGCGGCUAAGAUGUCUGGCAAACAUCUAAGACGCCAGGAACGUAAUAGGCGCAAGCAAGAUGCCCGUUUGCCCUGGUAUCAUUACACUAGGUUGCCUUGGUUCACCAUUAUUGUUACCACCAUCCAAGUUGUCGUGUUCAUUGUGGAGUUGGCCAAGAUGAGUAUCUACACGGGUUCGGCAUUCCAAACAAAACCUUACUUCAAUCCCAUGCUAGGCCCUUCCACCUUUCUACUCAUUAGUAUGGGUGCUAGGUAUGUUCCGUGCAUGCAUCGUAUCGACAACAUCACCCUGGACCUUCUGAUCCAAUUCCCGUGCCCAAAUUCCACAUCUACAGAUACGGAUGUGUGCAAUUUAGCCGAACUUUGCAGCCUUGGAGGAAUCCCCAUAUUGAAUAACGAAUAUGCUCCUCAUCAGUGGUACAGAGUGAUUACUCCCAUCUUUCUCCACGCGGGCUUCUUGCAUAUCAUAUUCAAUUUGCUCCUCCAGAUCACUAUGGGAUGGUCAGUGGAAAAGGCCAUUGGUUGGCUUAAAUACAGCAUCAUCUACCUUGCCAGUGGAGUGGCUGGUUUCCUCUUGGGUGCUAACUUCUCGCCCAACGGCAUCGCAUCCACAGGAGCCUCCGGAGCUCUUUUUGGAAUAAUUGCAACCAAUCUUCUUUUAUUUGUCUAUUGCGGCAAGAAAAACACAAAUAUCUACAACACAAAGCACUAUCGUCUGUUCAUCAUUAUUAUGGUGUUCGAAAUCAUUAUCCUGUUUGUUUUAGGACUUCUUCCUGGUCUCGACAACUUCAGUCACAUCGGAGGUUUCUGCAUGGGUCUUCUUCUAUCGCUUGUUUUCCUCAAAGAUCCUUCUUUUGUCUACAAUGAGGGCAUUUAUACCUACGACGCCGAUGCCACGCCCUGGCAGCUUUUCAUAGAAAACUGGAACCCUAUGAACAGAUGGAACGACAAGAUUCAGUGGAAGGUCUUGGUUUGGGUUGGUGUUCGUGUGUUGAGUUUGACGCUAGCCAUUCUUUUCUUUGCGUUACUCUUUGUCAAUCUUUAUUCCAAGAGAAUGGAGAGCGAAAAGCCAACAUGCUCAUGGUGCAAGUACUUGAGUUGCAUUCCUGUCAACGGCUGGUGCGACCAGGGUGAAGUUACUGUGGAGACGAUUACCACCGGUGACUCCGGCUCGUCUUCCUCGUCUGCUCCCACAAUGACAGCUACCCCAAAUGCCACCACUAACACUCCAACUACAACGUCUGCUACAUUAACUACCGCAUACCCUGGAAGUAUUGACAACCCUAACCUUAAGCGGGAAUUGCAUUUCAGUACUUUUUCGACAUCUCAGAGGGGCCCAGAGACGAUAGGUCCACAACACAAUCAGCACCAUGAAACCAGUCUUGUUCUCUUGGCGCUUAUGGCCAUUCUAAGCUACAGAUUCAUCCGCCGUCUUUACAAAUAG